UGUUUCGACUUCGCGAUGGUAGUUAAAAAGAUUCACACUGGCGGUUCGUCAAUUGGUCGCCAGAAACGCGGUGUCUUUGGAUGACGCGACUUGGACGCGACUUGGCACACAUAAAAACACGUGAUUAAAAUUGCGUAUCAUGUGAUUUGAGCGUUCCACGUGAUAUCGCUCACCACGCCUGCAAUUGUUCCGGUGCGGAACAGUUGAUUGAAGAGCAUCGAACGUUUAGCUAUCCAGUAUAUACACCAGGGCUGUGUCUCCAGUCAGAUCAAUCUUCAUCAUGGCUACCGAUCAUGGUAGGCCGAUUGUCCCGCCAAGGGUUCUCAAAACUGACUAUCCCGUUAUUGAUACGGAUCCUCAUGUAAAACGAGUCUUCGGAUAUGCCCGGCCAUCCGAUUAUGUCAUUGGUGCUGGCGUCGGGUCAAUGUCCCCAGCUCUAUUUUGGCUGAUGGAACGAAUGCACCCGGCCAAUGCCAGCCCAGGAACCUUUGGCAAAGCUAUGCGAUUGGCAACGGCAAUUGGCUUCUUCGGUGGCUUGUUCACUGUAUACAACACAUCAUGCAAACGCUUCUACGGCUUUACGGAAAAUUCGCGAGAGGUCGAGAUGGAUAUGCGUGAGAUGGUUGACAAGGUUAAGAAAGGAGAGCCGUUGUACGGAGUCUCGUCGCUCUCACCUUAUAUGCAAGGAGUCGCAGCUCGGAAUUCGCGAUAUUCCUCUCUAUUCAUCCAUGUCCUUCCUUGGUUCAAUUUUGUGAAUCAUGAUCAGCAUGGCGUGGAUACUGCGAAGUACUAUCAACAAGCUGAGCGAGAACUAGAAGCAGAACGCCAAAAGACGGCAUCCACAUCGUAAUGUUCUGUCUCAAACGAUAACUUGUCCAACAGCUCUCAGUCAAAUUAAUUUCCUGUUGUUCCUGCGUCUUUCAAUUUUCUUCCCUCUUGUGAUUGAAAAAAAAAAAAAAAAAACUAUUGUAUAUAUUACAGCGGAUUAGGGUUCCAUAAAUUUCAUAUUCGUUUUCAGGAAACGCAAAAAGAAUGGCGCAAGAUGGUGCUCACAAGCUGCAUUAUGGAAGGUCUUAUGGCCGGGGCAACAUCCCCGCGAAUUCCAUCCCCGCUCCCACAUCACCAAAAUCAUCAUCCUUCAGUUCCCGAUCCUUUUUUGGUUUUGGGUUAGGCGCUAGGGUGAAAGAUUAGUUCUGAAGGGGAAUAAAAGGAAAAACUAGGCCAAUUUCUCAUUAUGUCAUUGAAUAUUGAUUACCACCUACCUCUUUCAUUUUCUUGGAUAUAAAAUCGGCGUAACAACAUGAUUGCUUCUUUCCUGAAAAGCCCUCCUGUAAGCCCAUACGGCGGAUCAAUCCCCGGGCUACCAGAAAUGAUACCGGGUAGUUUCAGUAACGAUUUCCUGUUAGCUGGAGAAAGUGGAUAUGGACUCACUCAGAGUGCAACUUGAGGACCCCUCCAGUCCCUCCAAACCGUUCAUUCGCGCACCCGAAAUAGACAUGCCGGAUCUGGUAUUGUCUUAACGCGGAUGCACACAUUAUACAUGGCUCAACAGUGACGUAGAGGUCGGUUUCACGAAAUAUACUUCGUGGAUGACUUCUCAACACUUCUUCAAUGGCUAGGAAUUCUGCAUGUCUCGUACCCUUUUGUCGAAUCCAGUUAGUAUAUGUAUUAUAUAUAUUCAUAUACUUCCGACAAACUAAUUUUAAACUUGAAAAGCUAUGCUUGGGAGCUUACGUUCAUAGAUUUAUUCGUGUCGUUCAUACCAGACCCGAUAACUUCGUCAUUAUGGACCAGCACGCAACCUACUGGGGUUUCACCGCUGGCGAGAGCUUCUUCACCCUUUUCAUUCAUGUGGGAUUAGCAAAGAUUGAAUCAGAAGAACAAGCACACUGAGAACACACCAUGUCAAGGGCUUUUUUCAUAAAAAAAGCAUGUUUUUGGGCAUCAUUGGCAAACCGUAUGCCAGGGCUGUUCUGUUCCAUCUAGCCAGAAGAGCUCCAGCUUUGCUGGUUGCUCUUGCACUGUAGCUCUCCUGUAUAUCAAUCCAGCUGUUUGGUUUCAACUGAGAUGCUGAGACGAGAUGCACAGACAGAUCGGAUGUA